ACACACAGAGUAUUAAGGGAAGAGGGAAAGAUUUCAACUUUCUUAGAGAGGGAGAGAAAAGGAGAAGCGGAUUGUGUGUGGGCAUUUGAAAUUCGUUGGCAUAGUAUUCAACUCUAGCGUUUUUGUCAAAAAAACUAACCACUUUGUUUGUUAGACAGAUAAAGGGAGACGGUGCUGCUUCUGGGUCCUCAAGGUUCUAUCAAUGCAACAACUCUUGAGGUCAAUGGUUACCAUAUGUCAUGCACAUCAAGCACACUAGUAGCUGAGCUUUUCAUCUGCCAAUUUAGAAUAUGAGAUCUGAUUCUAUUAUUGCCAAGAAGUUCGCUGGAAGAAACUAUCUUAGUGCAAGUGAAAAUGAUAAACAGAGUUCCCUUCAUAAUUCUAUUAUUCAAGCUGCUGUAUCUUAUAUACCUGACCAUGAGAAGAAACAGGGUCUUUCUUAUGAUUGGAUUGAAACUUUGCAGAUGUAUGCGAAAUGUGAUGAACAUUCUCAUGAGGACUGCAAGGAAGCUGUUAAUGUUGCAAACAAAGGGGAGACUCAUCAUUCCUGUAGCAUAGACCUUUUAAGAACUUGUUCUCAACUAUCAGCUGUCAGUACAAUGUCUGAAAAUCCUGUGCCUACUUUUGUAUAUGGCCGAAGGAAAAAACAUGGUAAUUCUGGUGCCACUUCCUGUGCAGCAGAGGUUCCUGAAAACUCAAAGAAAAGUGAUUGUCUUUCUGUUGUCAGUUCUGAUAUUCCUACAAUCACAGCCAAGGAGAUAAAUGGAGUUCUUCAAGCUGAACCUGAAACUGAAGCAGUAGGAGCUACUGGGAUGCCCCCUUUAGGCAGCAGACAGCCAUUCAUGUUAAAGACAGUACUUGAUAACAGAUGUUCAGUUUUGGAGGACCAUGGUUCUGAUGAUGCACUCAAAUCUUCACAGAAAACCAUAGAAGUUGAUAGUAUAAAUGAUAGUUGCUCAUCUUCAAAGUCAAACAUAGCACUUGCAUCAGAUUCAAACAUGGAACUUGCAUCAGAUUCCCUUAAGGGCGAAAUGGAUGACAAUGGUGAUUGCUCCUCCUCAAGCAUAAUUGCAGUGGAGGCUGUGGAGGACAAGAGGGAUGGACUAUCAGAAAAGGAUGUAUGCAUCUCUAUACUGAGAAGUUCAGCACUACUUGCACCUGCUGGAACUCCUUUAGUUGAAGAUAUUGGGACUGGCAGUAGCAGCAGCUAUAUCAGGUCAUGCAAAAUAUGUGCUCACCCAGAAUCUACAAAAAAUAUGCUAAUUUGCGAUAAAUGUGAAGAUGCAUUUCAUGUGUCUUGUUGCAACCCCCAAAUCAAGGAAAUACCAGAAGAUGAGUGGUUCUGUGGUUCAUGUUCAAGAAAUAAGCAAAAGUCUCUCAGGGGGACAUCUGGCAGAAAGUCAUCAAGCAUCACUGGUGGGAUGAGCAGUUGUAGAGAAGAGGAAAACAAUCAAAUAUUAUUGAUGUUGAGAGACACUGAGCCAUACAAGAGUGCUGUUGCAGUUGGUAAAGGUUUUCAAGCAGACGUGCCAGACUGGACAGGUCCAAUUAAUAACGAUGAUGAUCCAAUUGGUGAACCAGAAGAAAUUGAUCCUUCAGACUACAGUAACUUGCAUGAGUUGAAUCACAUUAAUCCUUCUAAAUCAAACUCAAUUGGGAACUGGCUUCAGUGUAGAGCAGUCAUAGAAGGCAUAGGAGAAGCUGUUGAUGGGAUAGUCUGUGGAAAGUGGCGCAGGGCCCCCCUUUUUGAAGAGCAAACUGAUAACUGGGAGUGCUUCAGUGCUGUCUCUUGGGAUCUAUUCCAUGCUGAUUGUGCUGUGCCUCAGGAGCUGGAGACGGAUCGGGUGUUGAAGCAACUGAAAUAUGUAGAUAUGUGGAGGUCUCGGAUGUCCGCUAAACGGCAAAAACAAAACCACAAGAAGAACCAUACUUGACAGUUUUGCAAUAGAUGCGUUGAGUAAAUAGUUGCAAACCGCUAGAAAUUUUGAUGAGUGCCAUGUAUCCACACAGGACAGAGCAUACUUAAUGUUUAGAUGUACAUCCAGAAUAGCAAUAGGUCUGGAUUUUGAAAUUAGAUUUCUUCCUUGACAGUUGUAUUUUUUUGCUUAAUUGGCAUGGUUUUAUACACUUUUUGGUGUUGGCUUCGUGCAUCAUGAUGUUUCA